AUGGACCCUGCAUCGAGAGUACGUGUAAUGAACGCAACGGUGCUUACGUGCAUCUUGGCUCUGUACAUCGUGCACGACGCGGCCUUCAGGUACUGGAUGACACGUAGCGAUAUACUCCCGCUCACUGCAGCCCUGGUGCACGACACAAAAACCCUGCAACAACACGACGGCGUAGGGGUAGCCUAUGAUGCUGCUAUCGGAAACGUGCGCACUCCUCCCCUCCAGCUCUACUCCAAUGCGGAGCGCUCCGCACCGUCUGCCGACGCCUACAACUUUUCCAAUGCUCUUUCAAUGGCGGCGGUGGUGGUGGAGAGCACGUGGCUCACCCCUGACCAGGACGCCGUCUCUUACAUGUACGCGCAGCGGCUUCUUGAGGGGUAUCGCUACGCCCUCCUUAGUGGCGCACCGUGGUUGCUGCUCUCCGGCUCUGUGGUGGAGGCAUCAGUGGGGCUGCAGUUCUUGCGCCGGCUUCCCAACCCAGCGGAUAGGCUUUUCCCGGACUCUGUGUUGCAGCGGUGGCCUCGGCCACUGGUCACAACAGCGUUGCAGCUGCGCGAGUCUAUGGCACCGUAUGCAACCCUUGGUGCGUGGAUGCACGGUGUAGGCACGAGACCGCUCACGUCCUUCCCUGCAUCUUCAAUGACCUCGCGAACGAGUCAACAGCAGGACGUUCAUCAGAGCUCGGUGUCAGACCACUCCUCUCUGCAGUCCUCCCUCAGCCAGCUGCUCUCCGCCCACGCGUUGGCAGACACAGACGCGAGCCACGUGCGCCCUGCCUCGCUCAUCCUGGGGGCGGAGUGGAUACGGCGUAUGGAUGCCCAACAGCGGAGCGGCAACUGGGCCACCAACGUAAAUGGUGUCAGAGGAACUGCGGCCGACAGCCUCGCGACGCCUGAGCGGGCCCGCGUGACGGUGCACGUGACAACGUCUGACGCCGCCAGUGUCGAUGAUGAUGUGGCAAUCAGAAAAGGAGAGGACGGACGUUUCGCCAAGGAUGCGGCCAGCGCUCCGUGGGAGCAGCCACGGGUUCUUGAGUUUCACGUGAAUAGCACCUCCACGAAGGUGCACGUGACGCUACCUGGUAUGGCCAUGAUCAGCGAAGCGAACGUCAAUCAACGUGCUCGACACGUGGCGAGGGCACUUCAGCAGCUGGUGGAGCUGACACUUGUGCAUCGCCACACCAGUCGCAGCCCCAUUGCGCCGGGUAACACAGAGAAGGAGGUAGGGUGGUGGUGGUGGCUUGGCCGGCCCUACGGCGUGACGAUCAUAGCCGGCAAGUGGGAGCAACAGCGCGUCAAGCUCCUCUACAUGAAGGCUUUCCGCGAGGCCGUCGCGGACUCGCAGGAAGGGCUGCGGAAAGCGGUGCAGCUCCUCCAUCAGUCUCGCUGUCAGUUUGAAGGACCUCUGCCACCGCUGUCAUGCCAGGGUGUUCGAGGUCCCCAACUCCCACCAUCAGCGAUGCCUUUCAGCACUGCGGUGCCGGCACGCUCGCGCAUUUUCGUGCUGCCUCCGCCUCACGAAGAGCUGCAGAACGUCCAGCCAAAGCCGGAGUGGCUCAGCUAUACCGGUGAGCUUCCGGUAUUCAUCAACGCAGAGGCAUCGCAGGUGGCCAAGCUGCUGGGUCGCGUGAGUUUCUUCCUGUACUUCAACUACCGCCGGUGGAUGGACUGGUUCCUGGCGUCACUGUCAGUAGGGAUUUACCAGGACCACUUUAUGCUCAUUUCUGUGUUGAUGUCCGACUUUGCCGAGCACCGCAUCAGCUGGCUAGACGUCUUUCACCUCCGCUAA